GAGAGGUCGUGUAGGCUCUUGGUCGUCCGCUCCUCGCAGGGCGUUCGGCCUUCUUGGGCGCGUGCGUGGCGGGAGGGCGGCGGCGGCGGCGGCGGGAGCGGGAGGUCGGGGCCAGGCAUGGAGCGCUGGGGGGCGGCCGCCGCGGGCUGGGCGGGCUUCGGGGGCGCCGCCGCAUGGCCUCCGCGCUGGCCGGCCUGGGAGCUGCUGGCCGCCUGCGCCGUCAUAGGCGCCCUGGGCUGGCUGGUCCACUUCUGGGAGAGGAGGCCCUUCGGGCGACGAGGAGGCGGCCCAAGGCCUGCAGCCAACGCCGCCGCUGUCGGAACGCCGCCUUCGCCGCCGCCUGAGGAACAAGAGCCCCCCCGGAAAGGGAGCCCCUGUCAAGGGUCAUUAACAAUGGACACUAUAUUGUCACGGUUAAAGCAACUAACUCCUGAUGAACUUCGAGAAGAAAUUGUCAGAGCUGGUCAGAAAUGUGGACCUAUCACGCUAACCACCAGAUCAAUUCUUGAAAAAAGAUUGGCCCAGUCGUUACUGGAACAGCAAAGAGGAUUAGAGGCCGAAACUCCCAUAUUGAAUGGUGUAUCCAGAACUGCUAGAGCCGAUGCUAGCCAAACUGAACUCAAAAAGUCCUUAAGGAGUCAAAAUGGGCAUCUAAGCUCUUCUGAAGAUGGUGAUUUUGGGUAUAGCAUGGGCUUAAACCCACCAGAAGAAGAAGCCCUGAUGCACAAGACUGAAGUUGACUCUCUGAUAUGUUCUCAGACUGUGUCUAAGGAACCUCCGCUGUACUACGGCGUAUGUCCAGUUUAUGAUGAUGUAUUGGCAAGAAAUGAAAGCGUGCAUGUCUAUGAAGAUAAAAAGGAAGCCUUGCAAGCUGUUAAAAUGUUAAAAGGCUCACGGUUUAAAGCUUUCUCAAAUAGGGAAGAUGCGGAGAAAUUUGCCAAAGGCAUAUGUGAUUACUUUCCCUCUCCAAACAAGCCCUCUUUAUCUUUGUCUCCUGUGAAAGUAUGUUCAGUAUUCAGCAGAGAUGGCCUAUGCUCUCCUGAGAUGGAAACAGUUAAUAAAGAAAGAGCCAACAGUUAUAAAAGUCCACGUACACAGGAUCUUACUGCCAAACUUAGGAAAACUGUUGAGAGAGGAGAUGAAACAGCAUUCUUGGAACUUAUCUGGAGUAAUCCUCGCUAUCUCAUUGGCUCUGGAGACAACCCAACAAUUGUACAAGAAGGCUGUAGAUACAAUGUCAUGCAUGUUGCAGCCAAAGAGAAUCAGCCUGCUAUCUGCCGUUUGCUGCUUAACACUUUGGAAAACCCUGAAUUUAUGCGGCUGAUGUAUCCUGAUGAUGACAGGAUAAUGUUACAGAAGCGCAUCAGAUACAUAGUUGACCUUUAUCUUAAUACACCAGAUAAAAUGGGAUUUGAUACGCCACUACAUUUUGCUUGCAAAUUUGGGAACUCGGAUGUUGUUAGUGUCCUUGCUUCACACCCAAAUGCUGUAAAGAAUUUACCAAACAAGUAUGGUCAUACUCCAGCAGAAGUAGUUUGUGAAAGGAGCAAAAACAAAUCUGCAGAUCUGAAAGGAAAAAUCAGGGAAUAUUUGGAAGGUCAGUGUUAUGUACCGCUCUUCAGAGCAGAAGAUAAUGUCUCGGCACCUGUGAUCGGACCACCUUGGUCUCCUGAUCAGGCAGAUGAUAUUCCACAUGGUUCUUUACCAAGAUACGUUGGUAGCCCUAAAGAUCCUGUGUUGGCAGUGAGGGCUUAUGUAGGCCCAGUGAGUCCUUCCAAGGCAGAAGACUUUCACAGGCUUUGGAAAACUCCACCUCGAGAGAAAGCAGGAUAUUACCAUAAUCUGAGAAAAUCCGAUCUAGAAAGAGGAGUUGAAAGAGUUGGAAGGGAGUUAGCUCAUGAACUGGGGUUCCCAUGGGUUGAAUACUGGGAAUUUCUGGGCUGUUUUGUUGAUCUGUCUUCCCAGGAAGGGUUACAAAAACUAGAAGAAUACCUGAGUCAACAAGAAAUUAAGGCGCAGCAAGAAACAGGGGAGAAUGAAACACAGAACAGAUGCAAAGUUCCUCAGCUUUCUGGCAAAAGUAAAAAAAGCUGUAAUUCUGUCUCCGUUGGGGCAUUUCUUGAUGAUGAAGACAUGAGCUUGGAAGAAGUGAAGAACAGGCAGAAUGCUGCUAGAAACUAUAGCCGAGCAACUGCACCCAGUGAGUCAACCAUCAGUGACAUUGGCAGCUCGGAGUGUGACAUCCUGUCCAUUGAAUGUACCAGAAGUAUCAUGGCAGAAGCCUCCAAUCGGCACUCGGAGAAAGAAAACCCUGCCAGUAAAAAUGGAUUUUGUAGCCCUGUGACCAGUGGUAGGACUGUAAGCCCUCAUAGGAGACAUGCAAGCCAACGAGAGGAGUGCCUUCCAUCACCAGUCUCCAAUUUAAUGGAAGAAUUUGAUAAACUGGCUAGCAAGGAUGAGACAGUGGGAGGUGCAAGUUUCUCAGGGAAGCCAAACCAAACUUCCUCAAAAAAGUGUGAGAACAACCAGGAGGAAAGUACAAGGCAGCUUAGAAAAUGUAAGGAUCCUCCGACUGAGACGUGCUCAGUGCUGCCAAAAGCAGGUACAGCUGCUGGAAAGUCCAAAGACACAAAAAUAAGGACAGAAGAAAAAACACCACUAGAAGUUUGGGGAACAUCAGUUGAACCUGGAAAGGAGACGGAGCAGCCUUGCGGUUCUAAAUUGCAUCCUGAGAUGUCACCAGAAUGUUCCCUAAAGACGCCAUCCUCAAAUGAAAAAGCCAAGCAGCUAUUCCUCUUAGGGGAGCAGCCUUCAAAAUUAGACAAUGAUGUGUUAACUGCAUUACACGGUGUGGAGAUUGACUCACAAAGGUACCCAACUAUUUACAAGUGGAACAAGUCCGUACAAUCCUACUCUUCUUCUGACCGGCAAAGCUGGUCAAGUCCCUCACUCAAAGGAAGAUUCAAGUCUCACACAACUUCAAGCCCAUCAAGUGGUACAGCAUUUUGUAGCCCAAGAAAUAGUCCAGGGAAGUAUAAUGCAACCGCUGCCAGCUUUUCUCCAGACUUUGGGAGCCCUGGACUGUACAGCCCAGCCUACGUGAACCACAUUCUAUUGUCUAAAAGGCACCACUUCUCAGGACCACUUACCCAUCAGAAUAAGACUUUUUAGAACUGCAAUUAAGUGAAGGAAAAUUAAGGCAUUUAAACAAUAUGAUGUAUCCCUGCUCCUUUAUUUAUUGUUGUUAGGGAAAGGGCUGCUUGCAGAAAAUGUCUUCAUUCCAUUUACCAGGUCAUCAGUGAUUUGUAGGGUUAAACAAGUUAUGUGUUAAGAAUACCUGAGCAUUAAACCUUAAACUUUCCUAAAAUAAUGGUGGAUAGAAAUGGAUUUUGGACAUGUUAAUCAAGGGUCCAUUUUGCCUACAUUCCUCAUUGAGAUCUGUAGCAAGUGUAGACUAUAGGGAAUCUUAAGAGAACAAGUUUGUCAUACUAGUCUUCCAGUUUCACUGAGGGGAGGAAAGACUGUUGCUUUUCAAUGUAUAUGGGAUUCAGAUUUAGGGACCUUUACUCCAUCCAACUAGAGCUGCUAAAAGAACAGAACAUGAACACUUUAGUUUCAUAUGCUGAAAGCAUUUUAAAAGCUCAUGAUUCAAAUGAGUGGGAACACCUCCCCCCCUACUUAUCAUACACAGAUUUUGCAGUCCUUACAACACAAAAGCACAUUAGCAGUAUUCCCGAAGUUCUAACUGGCCUUUCACUUAAUCCAGUUCACUAUUUUAUGUCGUGGAAACAAAUAAUUUCAAUGCUAGCUCCAUGUUCAAAACAUCUGUAGAAGACAAUAGUUCCAUUAAAAUGUGCUAAAUGUUGGCAGCUACAAUUUCAACAUUAUUUUAGAAUAUGUUCUUCAGAUACACCCAUGUCUAAAUUCUUAAUGAUUACAUUCACUGCAAGCCUUUUCUAGUAUAUAGGUCGGUCUGCACAUAAAGACGGAUACUUAUGUAUACUGGACACAUUAUUUAGAAUAGAAGACUCAGACUUGGAAAUGAAGUGUAUUUAUCAUGAAGCAAGUGGGAAGUGUUUUAUCGUACAGCUUGAAGAGAGCAGAUGAGGCUAGAAUUAUUAUACCUGAAAUCACAUCAGACUUUUUGAUGGUUUCCUUAUACCAAGGGUGGGAAACAAGUGUGAUUUUGCACAUACUGAACUAUAUAACCUGGUGCAUUCCUCAUCCUCAGCUGUGCUGAUGGAAGUUGCAGUCAAACAUGUGGAAAGUCAUAUAUUCCCCAAUACUGCCUUACACCAAGUGUAAUGAGCAUUAUGUACACUGUUCCUGAGUGUUUGAUAUUUCCGUGCAAAACUCGAGAACUGCACAUAAGGCUUCCGAUUUUAUUAGUGCCUUCUGUAGUAAUUUUGUUCAGUACGUUUCGAUCUUGGUUUUAAUAGCAAGUGCCAUUCACUAAUGUAAACAAUAACAUUCUAAUUUUCCAAACCUUUUGAAAAACAUUCUUUUUACACUGUCUUUAUAGUUUAAAAAUCUGGAGGGAUAUUGUAAGCAUCCAUUUACUACUUUGUGGCUUAAACAUGUCCAGUUUAGGAUGUUUUUUUAUAUCAUACCAGUAGUUUAAAGGGUAAUUCAGAUCUAACACAAGCAUCUCUUAUUGGGGUGCAGAUUUCUUUUGAGAGUAAUCUCUAAAUUUGCAAAUGGUGUCAUUUUCCAUCCAGUACAAAACAGAUCAAUGGGUACUACCUGCACUACAUCGAUACUUGACACUGGUUGCUCAUAGACGUGUGUAACUGAGACUGCAGUGAGACUUGACAGUAGAGGGAAUUUUCUCCAGUUCUAUUGUGUACUUUUUAGCGGUGCCUGUAUUAGAAGUCAGCUUCUAGCAAUCCCUCACAACCAAGGGACUCUAAACUGAAUAGCUGGCUAACAACAUUAUAUUAACACUCAUUUAUGCCAUCAGUCCAGACCCAUUAUGGUCCCUUGCAAGUAAAGCUUUCUCCACAGUGUACACAACGACCAUUUUUGCUUAGAUCUACAGCCUAGUGGCUGGAAAAUAUAUUCAAGCAACUGACAACGUUUUAUAACUUUUCUUUUGCUUUAAUACUCUUGUUAUAUACCAUUUUGUAUUUGAGUGUUGUUGGAGCACAAACUAUCAGUUUAACACUUGUCUUAUGACAGGGAAAGGGAGGUUGAGGGGUUUGGUGUUAGGAAAAAAAUGUGCUGUGACUUAGUCCUCUUUGUCAAUGUGUUCAAAGGAAUUUUUAACAAUAUUAAAUUUGUUUACCUAAAA